AUGGUAAAGUUGUCGAUUUUUGCCUUGCAGGAUCCUCAGGCUGGGUGCUUUUCUGCCCUUUUCAAGCCCCGUCGCGACGCCCACAAACAUGACAUCGAGGAAGAAGCGGUUCCCACUGCCCGGCCAAGUAUCAAGCUUAUCAAGGCUCCCGGGUCUGAACUGCCACCUUAUGUCCAGUUCACGCACGGAUGGUAUGGCUCAAUUGAGGGCCAGAAACCUUCCGUAGCGUCGCAGCAGGACGAACCUCCAUCCUACGAACAGGACCUGUUCAUGCCCGAGGUCGUGUCGACCAUCGAACGCAAGGUGAAGGAGCUCUCCCCAGAGCUACGCAAGCUCAGCCUUGACAUAUGGAACAACCCGGAGAUCAUGUGGGAGGAGAAAUACGCUCACGACAGGUUGACAGCGUUCAUGUCCGCGCACGGCUUCUCUGUCACGCCCCAUUACCUGGGCGUCGACACUGCCUUUCGUGCCGUGUAUGCCCACCCGUCGACAGGCGGCAAAGCGCACAAGGGAGCGCGCGUGAUCGGUGUGAACUCGGAAAUGGACGCACUCCCUGGGAUCGGGCACGGGUGCGGCCACAACCUCAUAGCCAUCUCUGGUGUAGCGGUGUCUCUGGCCAUCAAGGCCGCGCUGGAAGAGCACGACAUCCCUGGGACGGUCGUCCUGCUCGGCACGCCAGCUGAGGAAGGCGGUGGAGGUAAGAUUACUCUUCUCGAGCGAGGCGGCUACGACGAUAUGGACGCUUGCAUCAUGAGUCACCCAAGUUCCGGCCCCGACAACUUCUCUGCGAUCUGGCCUGGCGUUGCGUGCCAGCCGAUCGAUGUCGAGUUCUUCGGACACGGCGCGCACGCUGCAAGCGCGCCAUGGGAGGCGCAGAACGCGCUCGACGCUGCAUUCGUGGCCUACGCCAGCAUCUCUGCAUUGCGCCAGCAGAUCAAGCCCGACCAUCGCGUGCACGGCAUCAUAGUCGGCCGCGACUGGGCGCCGAACGUGAUUCCCGAUUAUGCCAAGCUGCGGUAUAUCGUGCGCGCGCCGACCUGGGCCGAGCUGGAAGUCCUCCGCGGGCGCGUGCGGGACUGCUUUGAUGCUGCUGCGCUUGCCACUGCGUGCAAGAUCAAAGUCGAACUCGGAGUGGGGUACUUUGAGCUCCGCAACAACAGCGUACUCGGUCAAGAAUACGCGAGCGUCGUGGGCGAGAAGUACGGGAUAAACACCGUAAGCUCGAGCGACGGCGCGAAGUUUUCGACGGACUUUGGAAACGUCACAUUUGCGCUCCCUGCUCUUCAUCCAGCUUAUUCGAUCCCUACCGAGCCGAACGGCUCCAACCACACGCCUCAGUUCACAAAGUCAGCGGGCACCCCAGAAGCCCACGAUGCUACGUUGAAGGUCGCCGUGGGCUUAGCAGCCACAGGUAUAAGGGUCCUUGCGGAUGCGGAAUUCGCGCAGAAGGUCAAGGCGUCCUUCGAAGACUCACAGAAAGGCGCUACUAUGUGA